AUGGCUCUCUCCGGUGCCCUUAACGCCCUCAAGUCCUCCAAACUCAUCUCCUGGAAACCAUCUGGCAGGAUUCAACAAACAAUAAAAAGAUGCGUGGAUGCAAACGGGACGACACUCCACUUAGGCAAAUAUUCAACAGUAAGGAUUUUGCCAGAGCUAGCAGGCAAAGGGCGGUACUUCUAUUUCAACUCCAAAUCAAUUCCAGCAUCCAUUGAUUACGCACAAGAUUCGCCUCUUUGCACAACUCUCUCUAACGAUGGUGUUAAAAUUCGAACCGUCGAGCACUUGCUUUCUGCUCUAGAGGCCAUGGGUGUCGAUAAUUGCCGGAUUGAAAUUACCAAUUUCGACUCUGAUGAUUCCGAUUCCGAGGUUCCUAUAUUGGACGGAUCGGCGAGGGAAUGGGUGGACAAAAUAGAAAAGGCUGGGUUAGUGGCAGCCGAAGACGAGUGUGGGAAUGGCUGUGAGAAAUUGGCUCCUUAUUUGAAUGAGCCGAUCCACGUAUUGAAGAAUGAUUCUUUCAUCGCGGCAUUUCCAUCACCGAAAGUUCAAAUUAGUUAUGGGAUUGAUUUUCCUCAGGUUGCCAUUUGCUCGCAGUGGUUUUCUUUAGCUCCUUUGGAGGAUUCUUUUUAUGCUAAACAAAUAGCUAUGUCAAGAACUUUUUGCAUAUAUGAGGAGGUGGAGCAUAUGCGUGAUGCUGGACUUAUUAAAGGGGGCUCACUGGACAAUGCCAUUGUUUGUAGUGCCAGCAAAGGUUGGUUGAACCCACCAUUGCAUUUCCCUGAUGAACCUUGUCGCCACAAGAUCUUGGAUCUUGUUGGUGACCUUUCCCUGUUUGCACGGUUUGGUAACCAAGGGCUCCCAGUGGCACACAUAGUUGUUUACAAGGGCGGCCAUGCGCUUCAUGCCAAUUUUGUACGCCAUAUCAACGAUUCAUUUAAGAGCUGA